GGGAGUGUCCGCUGACUCUUUGACCCUCCACUCUGUCCAGCGGAUUAUAAAUACACAAGUGAACUCUCCGGACUGUCGGACCGGCUCUGACCGAGCGAGGCGAUUGACUCUGGGCGAAGUUCCCUAGUGGAGGGGGGAAGCGAUGCGGUCCCUUCUCUCCACGCUGGCUGUCUUGUAAGUCCCUCUAACCAUUUAUCAAUAAUGUUAUUGACAUAUGAAGCACAUUCUGUUUGAUUGUUGUAGUGUGUUGUUUAGUCUUUGACCAUGUGGACACGGCAGUUUUUCAUGGGCAUGGUUCAUGGAUGCUCUGGCCUGGGUAUUCGACCUUUUCAUCUCUUCCCAUCGGUCACCAUAGAAACGUGUCAAAGAAGGUGAUUGGCUAAUUAGUCAGGGUCACUGGGUCAGGGUUGGGGCUAUGCCACCCAUAGGACUUGUCAUAAACACUUUUAUAACUGCUUAUUACUGGUGUUGAUGUUGACCAAUUCAAUUGGACCUAGGCCUAUAAUGUACAGUACAGUAAUGUAUUGCAUUGAAUCCACCCACUAUCACAAACUGUCAUUGUAUCAUAGUCUACAACCAUAUUUCAUGGAAAAGGAAAAUGGUGAGAUGCUUGCCAACUGCAGCUAUGUGAAAGGAUACAGAAUGGAGUGCCUGAGGUUGACUAUUUGAGGUGUGUCCUGUUAAAAGCCAGGGAUUUUAUUUGUCUUUCAUUGUGUCGGCUGUACUUCUCCCAGAUGGCAGUCAUCUCCAGAUAGUUAGUUAGUCUCUCUCUCUCUCUCUCUCUCUCUCUCUCUCUCUCUCUCUCUCUCUCUCUCUCUCUCUCUCUCUCAUCAUUCUCAGGGAUAAAUGGAUAACAACCUAACAGUAUCUGAUGAAGAGACGGUUAGAUCCAACCCUCCUCCACCUCUUCUACAUUAUCUUCUCCUCUGCCAUCCAGGCUCUCUUUUUAUUUUCCCCUCGCUCACUGAGACCACAGCCAUAUACUCUAACUACUGCUCCACACGAACGUUACACCUAUGCUCAUCCAAGAUAUUAGCUUGCCUGGCUAAUGGCUGCUCUCCACAAACUCAAGCAUUGGUUCAAUGGUCUAGACUUGGAGCUAUUGCUCCACACUGGAGCCUAUUACACCUCUGACCACAGCUCCAAAGUGAGACCUACAGUGCUAUUCUUUAAAAAAAAACACUGCUGCACGCUGGGACCCACUGCUACUCUAACCACUGCUCCACACUGGGGCCUAUUACUGCUUUAACCACCACUGAGACUUACUUCUCUGCUUUUCAAACCACAACUCAGAUCUGAGGCCUACUGCUCCGCGCUGAGGCCUACCACUCUAACCAUUUCUCAACAGUGAGGCUCACUACCUCAACCAUUGCUCCACGCUGGAGCUCCAUAUUUAGGCCGACUAUACCUUAACGUCUACUCAACAUGGGAGACCUUCAGAGACGCAGGUUUAGGAUGUUUUGGGACAGGUCCAAAGGAUAACUGGGUUUUCCAUCUGUCCCUCUUAUAGAACUAUACCUCCCUCUUACAGUCUCUUUUCAUCUUUGUUAUUCUCCCUCUCUUCUUCAUUUCUUCUGUCUUUGCUUUCUGUGCUCUCUCUCUCCUCACUGGCAUACUGUGAGUGUCUGUGGUCUGCAAGAGAGAGGUAGAAUCCAGAACUGAAGCACUUUUCUCUCUGUCUCCUCCACAGCAGCGCAGCAGUGAUGUUUUAACAGCUGAGAGUCCUCACAAUGCACAGACAUCACCACUUUUUCAGCUGCGCAGGCAGAAUGCAGCUUUGGUUCCCCUGGUGUCUGCAUCUGUUAGCAGCCCCUAUGAGCUGAUACACCAGCUAAGGGGAAGAUCAUCAGUGUACUGUUGCAUUGGAGGAGUUUGGCUUCUUGUGUGUUUGGGUUGGUGUGGGUUGUAGUAUGUGGGUUGAGUGAGUCAAGUGUGAGGUACAUGUAUGUCUAUGAGUUUGCAUCAGUGGAUGGAUGCAAUACUUUUCUCUUUACGUUUUUGCUUUCUGUUUCUCACACAACAGAAUAUGGGGACACCCCUUCUUUUUCUCUAGCCUCAGUAUUUGUACAGUAGGAGAACCAUGCUUCUCUCUCUUUCUCCCCUCCCUAUCAAUAUCUCUCCUCUUACACAGACACCUCUCUAUCUCACUCUCUCCCUGCAGUACCAUGCUUCUCUCUCUUUCUCCCCUCCCUAUCAAUAUCUCUCCUCUUACACAGACACCUCUCUAUCUCACUCUCUCCCUGCAGUGCAUCAGCCUUUUCUUUAGUCCAGCUGUCAGCUGCCUGCUCCCCGCGUGCACACACACAUACACACACCCAGCGCACAUAUGCACAUCUGUGUGUGUGAGGCCAUGACAGUGUGUGGGGGAGUCUCCUCCAUCCCUAAACACUGAGCAUGGGAGAGGAGAGAGAGGGAGGGAGGGGAGAGAGUGAGAGAGAGAUAGGACAGAGGAAGGGAGAAAGGGAGAGUGGUAGACCUAGAGAUAUGUGAGAAGGACGAA